GAAUGCCCCAGGAGCCGCUCUGGGAGUCCCACUCGGGGAGGAUGAAGCUGCUGGAGAACUCGAGCUUUGAAGCCAUAAACUCCCAGCUGACAGUGGAGACGGGGGACGCCCACAUCAUUGGCAGGAUCGAGAGCUACUCGUGCAAGAUGGCCGGGGAUGACAAGCACAUGUUCAAGCAGUUCUGCCAGGAGGGGCAGCCCCACGUGCUCGAGGCCCUGUCCCCACCCCAGACCUCGGGGCUCAGCCCAGGCAGGCUCGGGAAGAGCCAGAGUGGGGACGAGGAGGGUCCCCUGAGCGACACGUGCAGCCGCAAGACCCUGUUCUACCUGAUCACCACCCUCAACGAGUCCUUCCGGCCCGACUACGACUUCAGCGCCGCCAAGAGCCACGAGUUCAGCAGGGAGCCCAGCCUCAACUGGGUAUGGAUCAUCCCCCUGGGAUUGUGGCAUCAGCCCCUGGGAUUGUGAGAUCAGCCCCUGGGACCGUGGGAUCAUCCCCUGGGAUUGUGGGAUCAUCCCCUGGGGCUGUGGGAUCAUCCCCUGAGAUCCCAG